AUGCGACGUGAUGCUAACGGGUCUAACCGACUGCAGGUGUCGAAGUACGGUCUCAACCAGUGGGCGCGAGUAUCCUCGCUGCUAGCGCGGAAGACACCGAAGCAAUGCAAAGCGCGAUGGGUUGAGUGGCUGGAUCCCGGCAUUCGAAAGGUCGAAUGGUCGAGAGAGGAGGACGAGAAGCUGCUGCACCUGGCCAAGUUGAUGCCCACGCAGUGGCGUACGAUUGCGCCGAUUGUGGGCCGUACGGCAACUCAGUGCUUGGAACGCUAUCAGAAACUGCUGGAUGAGGCGGAAGCUCGCGAGAACGAUGAGUUGGGUCUGGGAGGUCCUGCUGGUCCUGAAGCUUCGGCUCCAAGUGCAGACGAUGUUAGACGGUUACGGCCCGGCGAACUCGAUCCUGACCCUGAGUCGAAGCCCGCGCGUCCGGACACGAUCGACCUUGAUGAAGAUGAAAAGGAAAUGCUGAGCGAGGCGCGUGCUCGUCUGGCGAACACACAGGGUAAGAAGGCGAAGCGCAAGGCCCGAGAGCGUCAACUGGAGGAAUCCCGGAGACUGGCAGUGCUACAGAAACGUCGUGAGCUGAAGAAUGCGGGCAUCAACGUGAGGGUGGUUACACGGAAGAAGGGCGAAAUGGAUUACAAUGCAGAUAUCCCCUUCGAGAAGCCAGCUGCGCCGGGUUUUUACGACACUACUGAAGAACUAUCUCGCAAUGAGCGCCAGAGGGAGAUGUUCGAUCCGCGAAAGCAACAGCUUGCGAAUAAGCGGAAGGGUGACCAGGACGAGGAUGCCGAGCGAAAGAAGAGGAAGAACGACAAGAACAGUAACUCGGCCGCAUUCGCUGCUGCGGCCCGUGCUGGUCAGAUGCAGAAGAUCCGUGAAGCGGAACAGAGCAGCAAACGCAGGGCUCUUGUCCUUCCUGCGCCGCAAGUCAGUGAGGGCGAGAUGGAGGACAUUAUCAAGAUGGGUAUGGCUAGUGACCGGGCCAGCAAGAUGGCAGGAGACGAAGAAGCAACUCGAGGCCUGCUUGGAAACUACUCGGCUAUGGUUGGAGGCACACCGAUUCGGACUCCCCGCGCACCCCCGGAAGAGGAUCAUAUCGCCAAUGAGAUCAAGAACAUCAGGGCGUUGACCGAGACUCAGUCGUCUUUGUUGGGCGGAGAGAACACGCCUUUACACGAGGGCGGAUCUUCUACAGGCUUCGACGGAAUCGCUCCUCGUCGUCAGCAGAUUGUCACCCCCAACCCUAUGGCCACUCCCUUCCGGCAAGCAAAUGGUGUCGGUGCGACACCCAUGCACGGAGGUGUUGGUCCUGGAGCGACACCUUUGCGCACUCCUCGCGACCACUUCUCCCUGAACCGGAUGGAAGGGGGUCAGCUUGUUCCCGCCACCCCGAAGGAUAUAAAGAUGCACGAGAAUCUCGCACGCCAAGGCAUUCGCAGCAAACUAGCUGCACUCCCUAAGCCAAAAGAAACUGAGUGGGAGCUGGAAGAACUCCCCUCCGAAACUGCUGAGCCCUCUGUCGCAACUGAAAUCACCGAGGAAGACGCGGCCGAGCGUGAUCGGAAGGAAAAAGAGGCACGAGAGAAAGCCGCCCAGGCUGAAUUGAAACGCCAGUCGCAGGUAUACCAGCGGUCGCUCCCCAGGCCGAGCGUGCUCGACAUUGAUGCUUUGAUGGAGCGCGCUUCUCACGUUACGGAUCCAAUCGCCAGCCUAAUCACUAGGGAAGCUGCGCUUUUGAUUGCUCACGAUGCACGAAAAUUCCCUCUUCCAGGUGCGAAGGUCGAAGGCAAGGCGCGCAAAUUGGAGCGACUGGACGAUGAGUACAUUGCAUCCGCGCGAGCUGCCAUCGCGGCCGAGGCUGCCUCCUCGGCCCAGCAGUCCGAAUGGCAGGAGGGAUUCGAUGCGCAGUGGUCAUCCACUCACUCGAAAUCCCUUCCUGGCCUGUCCAACUACGCAGACGACGAGGAAGAGGAUGUAUACCAGCAGGAGCAACGCAUGAUCGGCGCUUUCGACAAUGUCCAGGCGUCUCUGAUCGCUACGGCGGAACGAGGCAACAAACUCGAGAAGAAACUGGCUCUCCACUACGGAGGAUAUCAGAAUCGGGCGAAGAUGCUCCGCAACAAGAUUGUGGAGGCCAACUCGGCUCUGGAGAAAUCCCGUGAAGAGCUUGAUGCAUUCCGCAACCUUCAGAUCUCGGAGGAAUCCGCGCUCUCGCGCAGGCUGGAGAAGCUCCGGGACGAUGUCGCGUUUGUCAUGCGACGAGAGCGCGAGGCGCAAGAGCUCUACCGGACGCGAAAGGAGGAAUUGGACGAACUGGUCGCUGGGACUGGAGGGAUGGUAAAUGGAUGGCAUUGA